AUGUACGAGACUACCACCUCGCUGGGCCUGCACCGUCUAAGCAGGCAAAACCUCCAGAAGCGCUACGAGUCUGACGAAGAGGAUGUGUCCGAGUCCGAGGCUGGCGCCCAGGACUUUGUCCCCUCGCUCGUAGGCUCCCAAAGAGCCGGUACCUUUGAUUCAGAUCUCAGUGCCGACGAGAACUCCCAUGCAGACCCGGACUCGGAUCGAGAGGAACACCUGCUGGCCCCCUAUCCUCCAGCCAAGAGGCCACGACCGGUAUCUAUGGAUACUAUCAAGCGGAACAGCGAUGCCAAUUUUGCAGAUGAUGCCUAUGUCUUCGACCCAGAAGAGGAUAUGGUUCUCGAACUGCCUUCGCCGGAUACCCCGCCGAUGGCAUCGACCCUCUACUUGCAGCCUACCAUCUAUGUCCGGCCCAACUCACCACAGGCCAACCCAAACCCUAGGUCUCGCUCCCCAUCCCCAUCAUCCAUCUUCUCCAUGGAGACUGCGGAGAUUCAGACCGCAAAGAAGGUGAGCAUGAUGGAGCCACCGACUCGUCCUACGCUGGUCUUCAUCAACUCUUUGGGUGCUCGGUUGAAGGGCGCUCGAUCCAGGCCCAACCACUCUCGAACCCGAGGAAACCCUCGGGAUCGAGGCUCUCGCAUGUUCCCCGAAAAGACCGAGAGCAGCCUCCAUGUACCACGCCUGGUCGAGACCCCAUCUGCGUCCCCUCGACCCUCACAGACACUCGAGGAGCAUGAAGAGCCAGACAGUCCAACACCUGCUAUGCCAGAAGAGGACACGCCGCCCAUCCAAAGCGCCACCAUCAACCGAGUGUCUGAGAUUCCGGUGGUCCCCUACAUCCCACCAUCACCUCACACGAGAGACCAGUCAAUGUAUCGAGCACGACCGCGCACAGCAGGCUGCGAAAAGCCCUUCCCAACACCAGCCAGUAACCCCCGCACCCGCCGCCCAACAGAGCCAGGGCGCCGCCCAGCCUCCAUCCGCAGCAGCAGCAACAGCAGCGUGCCAUCCUACUCAUCACGCCCGGCCUCCCCCUUCCCAGACGACAUCAGACUGGGCUACAUCGCCGACCGAAGCGAAACAGCCUCCCUGUACUCACACACCUGCGGCCCCACGUUCUCUCCCCAGCCACUCAGCCACCCUUCCAAACGCAGCAUGAGUAACAUGCUCGCACAACGAUCCCCGAUGAUGCGCCGCAUGGCUCGUAAACACUCCGCCUCAUCCAGCGUCGCGUCGAUGGCCAGCCUGCGUUCCGAAAUGGACGCCUCUGCCCCCAUCCCUGCUGCCGCAAGCCAGCCCAAUCUGAAUGCGAUCAACUAUGAUUCUCACGUUGUGCGGAAACCGAGCCAGCGCCGUCAUGCGAGACAUAACAGCUCUGCUUUUGGUGGGAGGGGCUUUAUGGGCUUGAAACUUGGGAAGAGGACUUUUACGAAAUCUUAG